AUGGCUCAGAGGCACUUCUUCGAAGUGGAACCCGUGAACCGUUUUGCGGGACUGAAUGCCGCAAUUCGACGGCCACGAGCAUGUUUCCCGGAUGAGAUCACCUUCUUCUCAUACGACGAGGAUCACCGGUUCCGGCUUGACGGCUCCAGCCUUCGCUACUACUAUCCUCCGGCACUCCCCUGCGACCUCAACGGGGGAUUCGAGACGUUCCGACAGCUCGAUGACUCUGCCGAUGAUCAUCUAGAUGGCCUGCUAGAAGCAAUGAUGACAUACGAGAAGGAAAAAGGGUCCAAGACGGAGAUGGAUUACAUUACUUGGAGGGGGAUGAUGACCAAGAUCAUGGUCGUCCCAUUCUCCAAAUUAGACGAUUGGGAAAUGAACGCGACGCUAUUCCAGGGUACGAUCUUCAUUGAAGAAAAUCACACCAAGAAGAUUUCGUCUCGUCAGGAACAGCUCUCUUCAAGAGCGCGUGCCGGUAAUGGAGAUCAAGACCUUAUGAGUUUCUGGGGUUAUAAGUUUGAGACUCUAUCGCUUCUACCGGAGCCGUGGUCUUCCACUUCGCGGGGAUACAUUGAAUCCCGUGAGCAUCAGAUUGUGAGCAACUAUGCUCAAUAUUGUUCAAUCGUUCGUACCGGUUUUGGCAAAGUGAAGAUGAUUCUCGGCGGAGAGGUCGACGCGGUGAUGGACUUCAAGCCCGAAGAUAAAAGCCUACCAGUCAAUUGGGUGGAGCUGAAAACCACAGCGGCCGUCACUAAUGAACGGGAACAGAUCAAGUUUGAGAGGAAGCUUUUGAAAUUUUGGGCCCAAUCGUUUCUUCUUGGGGUGCCGAAGAUCAUUGUUGGCUAUCGUACUCCUCAGGGUAUCCUGGAACGUCUUGAGGAAUUGGAUACGCAAGCAAUUCCAGAAAGAGUCCGACUCCAUGGGAAGGGCUUGUGGGAUGGCCAGAUUUGCAUUAACUUUGCUUCAAGCUUUCUUGAAUGGCUGAAAGGCGUCAUUACUGAUGACGGCGUUUGGCGAAUUCGAAAGCGAGAAGGCUUACCUGGAAUCGAGGUCUUCAAGGUUGAAGAGACAGGCCACGGAGAUAUUUUAUCUCCAGCUUUUCUCGAGUGGCGCAUCAGUGGCCUCCAAAACCACCAACACCGGUACCUGCACCACCAGCACCAGCAACAGCAGUCAGAUGUAACAGAACAGGCCAAUGGCGACGGACCUGCAUCCGGAUCCCCAGUUUGUCAAUCAGGUGGGUGA